CCUGGGUCAGAGGAGGGGCGCGGAUGAGAAAGAGGGAAGAAAGGAAGGAAAGGAGCGAGUGUGAGAAGGGCGACGCUAAAGCGGCAAGAGCUCGGAGUGACACUGACGGGCAAUCGGCCACAUCCAGAGCAGCAGGCAGCAUCCGGGGGAGCAGGGCCUGCAGGGGGGCCCCCCAGGCGGGCUUCCUGGAAGCCGGGCUCCACGACCGGCUGCACCCUGACACAGGCCAGAUAAGAGUUCGGCUGCUACUAUCAGAGCCGGCACCGCAACGAAGCCGUGGGAGAGCGGGUUCUUCGGACUCGAACGCCAACCAGAGCGGCCAGACUGGAAGGGCUUUCCCAAGUCCUGGCUCAUCGCCUUGAGUCCUACAGCGGAUGAGAGCCGAUCGAUCGAUGCACGCUUCCGCGAUGGAGAAAGCCAGACUGCUUUGAGGAGGAUGGUGUGACCCGGUCCUGAAAGUCCAGGUCAGCUGAUGGUGACAGCCAUGUCGGUGAGGGUGCGGUUCCUGUCCUCCAGGGACACAGGGGCCGUGGGGGUUGUGGGCCGGAGCGCCUCCUUCGCCGGCUUCAGCAGCGCCCAGAGCCGCAGGAUCGCAAAGUCCAUCCAAAGAAACUCGGUGAGGUCUCGAAUGCCUGCAAAAUCCUCCAAGAUGUACGGCACGCUGCAGAAGCGGCCUGUCUGCCCGGACUCCAAGACGCAGGAAGUGAAGAAGAUCUUUGAAGCGCUGAAGAGAGGCCUUCAGGAGUAUCUGUGCGUCCAGCAAGCAGAGCUGGAUUACCUGUCAGGACGCCACAAGGACACCCACAGGAAUUCCAGGCUGAUACAGCGGUUCUCACGUCCUCCCGUCUCUCUCGGUUCUAGAAGAAAAUGUAAGGCUUUCUAUUAUGAUCUGGACAAGCAAACGCGCUCUGUGGAAAGGCACAUCCGGAAGAUGGAGUUUCACAUCAGCAAGGUGGACGAGCUCUAUGAGGGCUACUGCAUCCAGUGCCGCCUGCGCGAUGGCGCCUCCAACAUGCAGCGGGCCUUCUCCAGGUGCCCACCCAGCCGCGCCUCCCGAGAGAGCCUGCAGGAGCUGGGCCGUAGCCUGCAGGAGUGCACCGAGGAUAUGUGGCUCAUUGAGGGGGCCCUGGAGGUCCACCUGGGCGAGUUCCACGUCAGGAUGAAAGGCUUGGUGGGCUACGCACGCCUCUGUCCCGGAGACCAGUAUGAGGUGCUCAUGCGCCUGGGCCGCCAGCGCUGGAAGCUGAGAGGCCGCAUCGAGUCUGAUGACAGCCAGACCUGGGACGAGGAGGAGAAGGCCUUCAUCCCUGCCCUGCACGAGAACUUCGAGAUCAAGGUAACAGAGCUGCGGGGCCUGAGCUCGCUGGCGGUGGGCACAGUGACGUGUGACAUCACCGACUUCUUCACGACCCGGCCGCAGGUCAUCGUGGUAGACAUCACAGAGCUGGGCACCAUCAAACUGCAGCUGGAGGUGCAGUGGAACCCGUUUGAUACUGAGAUCUUCCUGGUGUCACCCAGCCCCACAGUCAAGUUCUCUGUAGGCAGCAGGAAGGGCUCCUUGUACAACUGGACACCCCCCAGCACACCCAGCUUCCGGGAGAGGUACUACCUGUCUGUCCUGCAGCAGCCAGUGCAGCAGGCCUUGCUGCUGGGCGGGCCGAGGGCCACCUCCAUCCUCAGCUACCUGUCUGACAAUGACCUUCGGGGCCCUGUCCUGUGGAGCCAGAGUCAGGAGCUGCCUGAGAUGGACUCCUUCAGCUCUGAGGACCCCCGAGACACCGAGACCAGCACCUCAGCGUCCACCUCGGACGCGGGGUUCCUGCCCUUGGCCAUUGGCCCCAAUGCCUCCAUUGAAGAGGAGGCCCAGGAGGAGCUCCCGUCCCCAGGCCUCCUGCCGGAGAUGGCCCGCCUGGCAGGAGGUUCGUUCGUGGAGCAGCCGGGCUGGAGGGACUUGGGAAUAGAGAGCCCCAGCCUGCCACGGGGCUCCACAUUCCACAAUCAUACGAUGCCGGGUAGCAAGAGAGGCCAUGAUGAAGAAGAAACCAGGGAUGGAGUGCGUGAAUCUGAGGUGACCCUCGAGAGGCCCCUGCAGGAGGUCCUGGAUUUACUGAGGUGCACAGACUCUUCCCAGCCUCGGCUCCGGGAGCUAGAAUACCAGGUCCUCAGCUUCCGGGACCGGCUGAAGCCCCGCGGAGGCCGCCAGGAGCACAGCUCAGCCGAGAGCCUGAUGAACUGCAUCCUAGAGAGUUUCACCUUCCUCAAUGCCGACCUCGCCCCCCACGAGCUGUCCCUCUUUGGAGGUCCCCAGGGUCCCCGAAAGGACAGCACCCUGUCGCCGCUGCCCUCGCUGGAAGAGUCGUCCCGGGAGCUCACAGCUGGCGCCCCUGAGCUGGACGUGCUGCUCAAGGUCCAUCUCCAAGUCUGCAAAGCUCUGCUGCAGAAACUGGCCUCUCCUAACUUGUCGAGGGUGGUCCAGGAAAGCCUUCUGGAAGAAGUCGCGCAGCAAAAGCAGAUCCUGGAGACUCUUUCUACGCUUGAUUUUGAGAAGGUUGGCAAGGCGACGUCCAUUGAAGAGAUCAUUCCGCAGGCCGCGCGGAGGAAGGUCUGCCUGAAGCUGUGGAGGGCGUGCGUGGAGCCCGGCGGGGUCCUGGCCUGCCCCGCUGCGACACUCCUGAGCCAGCUCAAGAAGACGUUCCUGCACAGAGUCAGGGGCAAGUACCCUGGACAACUGGAGAUAGCGUGCCGCAGGCUCCUGGAGCAGGUGGUCAGCUGCGGCGGGCUGCUCCCCUGUGCCGGGCUCCCUGAAGAACAGACUGUCACCUGGUUCCAGUUCCACAGCUACCUGCAGAGGCACAGCGUCUCAGACCUGGAGAAGCACUUCGCCCAGCUCACCAAGGAAGUAACACUCGUUGAGGAGCUGCAAUGCACAGGGCAGGCCAAGACGGUCAGAAAGCUGCAGGGCAAGCGGCUGGGCCAGCUCCAGCCCCUGCCCCAGACGUUACGGGCCUGGGCGCUGCUCCAGCUGGACGGCCCCCCGAGGGUGUGCAGGGCUGCCAGCGCUAGCCUGGCCAGCGCAGCCAAGAACAAGAGCUUUCGGGAAAAGGCUUUGCUCUUCUACACCAACGCCCUGACCGAGAAUGAUGCAAAGCUCCAGCAAGCUGCGUGCAUGGCACUAAGGCAUCUCAGGGGCAUUGAAAGCAUCGAUCAGAUCGCCAGCCUGUGCCAAUCUGACCUGGAAACCGUGCGAGCGGCAGCCCGGGAAGCCACGCUGUCAUUUGGUGAAAAAGGAAGGUUCGCUUUUGAGAAGAUGAACCAACUUUGCUCAGAACAAAGAGAAGAUGCUUUUUGCCAGGAGGCAGACGUUGAAAUCACGAUAUUUUAAAAAGCCUCGGCCGAUGAGCACCGAUCUGGCAUCCUUGUUUUUGCUGCUGCCGUCUCAACACAGGGGCAGAGCUGUGGGUGAGGGCGUGCUGUGUGCUCCCCCCGCCCCCAGAAGUGUGAGCCGACCAGAGCUGCUCCCUGAGUCUCUGGACCAAUUACAAAGCCCCAGGACACAAGUGGGACUUUUGAAUAGGAGCAGAACGAGGCUGCACUUCAAACCAUCAGCCUCUGGUUUUGAGAAUCUGUCUAACCUCCUGGAUGUAGUGCUGGGUCAGCCCCAGCCGGCCAUGCUACGAAGUCAAGGCCAAACAGGACCAGGCUUGGAGGCCAGUGGGCAGACGACCUUGGUAAGGAGAAUGUGGUAGGCCUGGACAUUUCAACUGCAGCGAGCUGUCACCUGGGAGGGCUGGGGAAGGUGGGAGGGCACAGAGCCAGGGUUUCUACCAUUCACUCUUAACCUGAGCUGUGGCCCAAAUGCCUGCUGGUGGCCUGCUGCCCGUGGCCCUUAUUUUCAUUGUGUUCAACAGAGAAAAGGAAAGAAGACUUGAGUGUCAUAUCAGUAAAAGCAUUCACUUGGACCUCCCUAAACAAAACAGAAUCCAACUUUUGAAGCAAGUCAACUUAGGGCCCAUUAAAUUAAUUGCCUCGGAAGCCAUAAACUGGUGUGAAGGAUUUCACUGAAGAGCAUGUUGCCUUAAAGAAAAUUUAAAGUUUCCUAUUUAAGUCUAUUAAAAAAACUCAAAUGUGUCCCGAGUUGUUUGUGUUAAUAAUGUCGAGAUAACCUGGGGCUUGAAUGUGGCUAUCAACAAUGGGAUUGGAGAACUUUGUAACUUAAACAUUCUCAUUUAAACUUCCUGUAUAUAUUUUGUGGUUUUCAGUUUAACUGAGUAUUUAUUUGCUUUGUUUAUAUGUUCAAUUUUCUGAAAUUUCAAUU